AUGGUAGCCACAAAAUCCACAAUCCCUACAUCGUUGCAUGGUGCCUGGAGAGACGUGACAAAGAAUGCCGGUUUCUUUAGAGCUGUGGAUUGGGCAGACUUUUUACUCUUUGUUGUCCCCACGUUGGUUGCAGAGCGUGUCCAGGACUUGGUUGCCCGAAAUGCAUUACUUGGCCUGGUUCAAACAUGCAAUUUACUCAUGAGCUGGGAGUUAUCAGCAGAGGAUCAAACCUCAAUAAGAAGUAAUCUUGUAGAAUGGAACUUAUUCCUAGAGAGUCUUCUUUCUACAGCAGAUAUUGACAUUGGCGUGUUCACAAUUAACCAGCACAUUAUUCAGCAUUAUCCUCAGAUGAUUGAUCUAUAUGGCCCGCCAAGAGCAUAUAGCACACGAUCCGUGGAAAGAGCCAUUGGUGAGUACUCCAGGUCCAUCAAGAGUAACUCCCAAGUCAGUGUCAAUGCUGGAAACAUCAUGAUCAGACUGGCACAAUCCCAGCAUGUAGCGGAACUGACAACCGUUGCAAACACAAAAACUCCACCAGCUAACCUUCUAGUUUACAAAUGGACAUUUGUCCCUCCUGAGAUUUAA